UGCUCAUAAGCUCUUCGUAGUCGUCAUUGAGACGAUUGUGGACGUUUUAUCAGGUCCAAUGUUCAUUCGUUUAGUGGCAAAAAAAUAAAUGUUAUAAUCAGUGAUUAAUUUUUAACUACGGAGAACGGACGACGUUGGAAAAAACGUUUGUGUUUUAGAAACAAAAUUUCUAUUUUCAAAGUAAAUGGUCGCGUACAUGUUCGUAUAAAUUAAAUAUCCGGUGCGGUUAGCUAUUAAGUUAGUGUUCUCCUGUAAGCUAUUUAUUUAUUUUUAUUGGUAAAAAAAAUUGACGAUCGAGUGUGUUCGGUAGUACAAGUGUUGUGCAUCACGUGUGCACUUGUAGGGCACCAUGUUGCAAAGUACGUGCGAGACAGAACUCAAGCUAAGUGUAGCUGGCAAUUGGUCGGCAGUGAAAAUUCUGGAAAAACUUAAAUUUUGCAAUAAUGGCAUUCUUAAAAUCAGUACUUUGGAACGUGGGCAUACACUUCCUAAGGAAAAAGAAAUAGAAGAUGAAACGAAUUCAACGACUAAGCUGCCACCCGGAUUUGUCCUAUUGGUCAUAUUAAUCGGCAUAAGUGGUAUUUUCACUAUUAUCAUGUGGUUUACCGAAUUUUACAUGUUUCAAAUAUUACAAUUUGUCACCAUCACGCAAGGAAGCGCGUCUUAUAACAUGUGGAUAAAUCCUCCUGUCAAACCGUACGUGACGAUUUAUCCGUUCAAUUACACUAACAUCGAUAGGGUAAUGGAACACGGAGAUACGCCAAUCGUUCAAGAAUUAGGGCCGUUUGUGUAUCGUGAAACUGUCGAACGCAUUAAUGUGGAAUUCAACGCCAACGGCACUGUCACAUAUCAAGAAAAACGGAGUAGCGAAUUUGUACCUGAGAUGUCACAAGGAGAUCCCGAAAACAUACCAAUUGUGGUACCUAACUUGCCUCUAAUCGCCGCCAUGUCUAUGGCGUCUAAUGCAAACUUGUUCACGCAUACACUAUUCUCAUUUUUCCUGGACGGAUUACAAGUCAAGUCUUUUCUAAAACUCAAUAUAAACGAAUACUUCUGGGGUUACGAAGAUGGACUUUACACAUUAGCUCAAGGGCUAGCUUCUACAGUGCACAAAGAAGCCCAGCUGUCCAAGUUUGGUAUUGUCACCAAUCGCCGUGGUUUAUCCGCAGAUCGUAUAACCAUUCAUAGUGGCGUGGGUAACCUGGAUGAAUUGGGUAUUAUAACCCGCUAUAAUGGACGAGAUUCAUUAAAUGUAUGGAAAACUGACGAGUGCAACCGGUUGGAUGGUAGUGAUGGAUCUCAAUUUCCACCAACUACUCUAAGUCGAGAUUCCAGACUCUAUGUUUUUCACAUGAAUUUAUGCCGUAAAUUUCCAUUGAUCUAUAAAGAGGAUGUAGAAAUUGUACCUGGAGUAACUGCUUUUCGGUUUCAAGCCCCCCGUAAUGUUUUUGACACACCGAUUACUAAUCCCGAUAACGCUUGUUAUUACUCUGAAGAUAACAGCCCACCUUCUGGUGUUAUUGAUGCUUCUCCUUGCUCUAGUGGACCAGUGAUGAUGUCAUUCCCUCAUUUUUAUCUUGGUGAUCCAGAACUUCGUAAAGAUGUAUUAGGCUUAUCGCCUGAUCCAGAAAAACAUGAAACUUUUAUAGAUAUUCAUGCUAAACUUGGUGUGACUGUAGCUGCUCGUUCAAGGUUUCAAAUAAAUGUAAUGCUCGACAAAGCUGGCAGUACACACUUCCAAAACUUCAAACCUGGCAUGAUAUUACCAAUAGCCUGGAUUGAAUUGAAGGUUGACAAACUACCCGAUGAUAUUAAACGUACACUACAACAAACAUCUAUUAGCAUUAAUCUUGGUGAAUUACUGCUGAAGUGGACAUCUUUGAUAACCCUUACUUUAUCUAUGAUAUUUCUAGUAAGGAAAAUAAUAAUGAAAGAUUGUUUCAUUAACAAUGAAAGACUAGUUUUACCAAUGACAAAGUGAUAUU